AUGAUCGUCUUUCCUGGGCCAGCUGGAAGUCACAAUGUCUUCCACAAUCGACGUCGCUAUCAUUGGCGCCGGCCUUGCCGGCCGGGGAAUGGCAUUGGCUUUGAAUGCUCAUUCAAUCCCAUGCAGAAUCUACGAGGGUUUAAUUUUGACCUCGUCGCUAUCAAAGAUCAGCAGGGUACGGCGACAGCUGGUUUCUUCCUUGGGUCACGGCAGACGUUUGGCUACGACGCUCUGAGGAUAUAUCGUAAUGCUCUACUCGAAGAGCUCCAAACAGCUUGCAAGGAUCGAGGAAUCGAGAUCCUAUACAACGAAAAGUUCUCCGUGAUAUUUGCUGAAAAUGAGCAUGGCGUCCAAUUUGGAUUCAAAGAUGGCACCAAAACUCACGCUAGUCUCGUCAUCGUCGCAGACGGGAUCUACAGCAAGAUUCGCCAAUCACUCUUCCCACUGGUCGAGCCUCAAUAUAAUGGUAUUCUCGUCGUAGCCGGCGCUGUGAAAGAGUCUUCCCUUGCAGUCUCAUCAGACGAAGACAAAAUCUCCACUCCUACUAUGUUCGCAGGCAAGAAUGGUGCCUUCAUCCUCGGGCCUCAGAUCCCGGAUGGGAGCGAGCUCCUCGCGGCGACACAACAUGCAUACCCGCCGCACAACUGUGACGAGUGGGGGCGUCUGUCCCAAGAUCGGGCCUUCCACGUUUCCUUCCUCCGCGAAGGCUACGAUGACCGCCAACCCGUGGUCCAACAAGCAGUGGAUCACAUCAUUGAUGAGAGAGCACUUACAUUUGCCCAUUGCAUACGCUACCGCCUCUCCCAGGCUGGACCUCCGAUACCGGACGUGUGGUGCUGA